GCGGAGUGACGGCAGCGGCAGCCACCGAAAAUAACCCCGCCGACGACGAUGAAACUCCCGUAGAUGCGAAGCGAGAAAGUCAUCGCUUAACUCGUUGCGGCCCUUUUAUCCGACGAAAAGCAAACUCAGGAAAAUGCGCUUUUACCGCCGACAAAUGCGUGCAUUCGAACGAGACGCGGAUGUUUCAUGUACGUUUCACGUAGGUUUGCGCUGGUAUUUGCUAACGAGCAUUAUUAAUUUAAAGUUGAAAAACUUUGCGUACCCAUUGCGUGCAUUAUAUGCAUGAUUGUCUGAUUCGCAAAUAAUUCUGUGGAAAAUUCUGAAUCGAUAAGGGACUGUUCGCUGUUAGUUGAGUUAAGCGAACCAUUUUUCACGGAUCCAGAAGACAGCGCAUUUGUUUCCUUCGCGUUAUAUUUUUCUUUUCUCGUAGGAAAAUAUUAUUUCGCGUGAGGAUUCUUUUUCUUUCUUCUUUUUUUAGCACCGUAUACGAAAUCCUAGCUAUAUUACCAGACGUACGCUCGUGUUUCUUGGACGUCUCAUAUUUUUCGAGGAAGAGACACAAAAAAGUCCCCCGUUCAUUCGUCUCGACGUAAACGCAAGGAAGAGAAACGAUUGCGCAUGUAUCUAAUGCAGAGUGUUGAAUCGUAUUGAUACUUGCACAUUCAGUAAAACACAUAGAUGAUAAAAGUUGAGAGUUUGGCGUAACAUUUAUAAUUAAGUAAUCAUAUCCGCAAUGUCUCAUUGUAAAAAAGAACAGAAAUAUUAAGUACCUUUUUCUUUCUUUUCGUAUCAUCAUUGUACCGUUUUGAUAUCAUCAUCAAAGUGUGUUCCAUUCACAGCGUCACUCGUUCAUUCACGAUUACCUAUUACCUAUUAAAGGGAACUUAACAAGGUGCAAGAUAUAGAAACCGCGCAAGAAAAAUUUCAUUGAAGGCCAUUUCAUAAAAAAAUAAAUAAGUUUUAUUUGAAAAAUUGAUUUUCAAUUGAUUUGUGGCAUCUCCUUUCCUGACAUCUCGUCGAUCCGCAGAUUUAUUGGUAAUAACGAUAAAAGAAACAAAUUGGAUUUUUCUGCUCGAUCGCACCGCCAAGGUUGUCUGGACGACGGUGGAGAAAGGAACGCACGCACCAUUCAGAUAGAUGCAAUUACAUGGAGCUUCCACGUGCACUCCCUUCGACAGUCCUGGAGAGAAUGUCGAUUAUAUGAGAAGACGAUGAAUUUAAAUAAGGUAUGCGCUCUCUUUUCUAGACGCAUAUGCUAACGUUGCAUCGUUCUCGCUCGUAAUUACAGAUUGGAUUCCAGCAGUUGGAUGAAUGAGCUAAACGAUCAAGUAUCUUGGCUCUCCGCCAGUGGUGGAUCCGUUAUUAUAUAUAGACUCAAUCAACACACGUGACAGUCAAUAGUCAUAAAAAAAUUGUAAAAGAAAGGGAUGAAAUAAUAAUACGUACAACGUAUCGGAAAAUCCGAGUAGAAAUGAUGUCAGAUGCAUCAAUUUGUGACACGCCUGUCACAUUAAUCUUGGGUCCCCUUUCUUCAUUUUUUUUUCCUUUUUUACGCAAUGUCAAAAAUCAUUUAAUACAUCAUCGAAAUAAAUGAAUACACGAUACACAUCAUUACCAGCUAGCUUCUUCCGUAAUACGUUCUCGGCAUUUUCCUGUCGGAAGCGUAGACGUUUCGUUGGAGAAUUUCCAAAAAGGCUUUUACCACGUCAUGUGUUAUCGUGUUAUCGUAAAAUCGGAUCGGUAAGACAUUGUUUUCCGUUUUGACUGACAGAGACAAAGAUACAGAAAAAAAAGUAAGAUUUGGAUAAUUUUAGCAGCCACAAGCAAUCGUGUCGGUAUUAGUCGUAUAAAAAAUUGUGUCGAUGUAAGGGAGAAUGUAUGAUGUAAUUGAAGAAACAUGCUUGCACUAUAUCUGGUUUAAUUGCUCACUAGUUGCGUCUAUCGAAAACUCCAAGUUUUACCAAGGCCAGGUAAUUUUCAUUUGAGUUCAAUAAUUUUUCAUUCGUCACCCAACUAAGAAAUGUCAAAUUUACUCGCUAUAUUUGGAUUACACUGAUGAGGAAAUUGGACCAUAAUUUGAUUGAAUAAUUAGAGACUUUAUGACGAGUCAAGUUGGAAACGGAGAAUCGAUUAAUGCAGACGAAGCCGCGUUGGAACUUUGCAAGCUUCGAGAAGCUGCCAAACUCGCUGCUAUCUAUCACAGCGAUGAAAGAAAGUUUCAGAGAAGAACGGAUCUUUCGCACGUCGUACAUGCCACUUUGCAUUGCGUCCAAUUCGUAAGAAAAUGCGUACACGACGGGAGAGGGGAAAGAAAAUAAAAAAAAGACAAAGGGAACAUUUAUUUCAGUUACAAUUUAAUAAGCAGUCACAAUUUAAAAUCAUGUGAUUCGUGACAUCUCAAGAUAACAUCGCUAUCUUUAGGUGCUGGACAUACACAUUACACAUGCAAAUAUAAAAUACACUUAAAAGCGUAAACAAUGUACGCGAUGCAAACGACCUAGUUUUUGUUCUUCUUUUUUUCGGCCGUGUUCCUCAUCGUUGCGACGUGAAUCAGUAACGCUCUCGCGAUAAUCGUGACACCGAUAUUGUCGUUACGUAAUCGGAUAUGACAUCUUGAACAGAGCCACGCACGACGGACACAUCAACGCGGAGCGAUAAAUGUAGGGAAAAAAAGGAUGCGUACUUGACGAGUAGUAAUCGCUUUAGAAAGAAAAGUGGCUUCCGUGAUGUUUGAUGACGUUACAUUUCAAUCGAUUAUUUUAUCGAUUACUGGAAGCUCGUUACGAAUCGAAUUAACGCAUGUCCAAGUAUAAUAUUAUAUAUAUACGCGUUUACUCGCAACUUGUCUCGUUGUUGCGCGUAACUUUACUUUUCGUAGAGGAACAUGUAUCUGUUUUGACGAAAUUAGUACGACAAAAGAUCCCUUUAGGCAAUUACAUCGGCCAUUGAAAUAUUUCAUCACGUACAUCACUACGUGAAUCAACGUGCGCGGGAGAAGGACAGUUCGAGUCCGCCAUUGCCCGAGGAAAGGAAUCCCAUUUUCUUCGUAUACCCGAUUUGCAUGUUGGUCAGCCUGGUUUUCGCGAUUCUUUGGCUGGUCAAAAAGAUAGUCCACGAUACCCCCGUGAUAGUGAGUCCUCUCGCAAGCAAGCAUUUGUAUGAAGAUGCAUGGUACACAAUAUAGUAUAAAAUCGUGUUUGUGUCGCUCGGGAUACUGAAGUUUCCGAUAAUACAACGUAACAAAAGAUCUUGUUUAGACACUGAAAUAACGUUACGUAAUUACAAUGAAAAAAAAUCGAAGAAAUUUGUCAGCCUUUUGUAGUAUGCGCGACAGCAGCUGUCUUGAUGCUCGUGACAGGAAUAAUGGAGAUGAAACACGCCGAUAUAUACAUCGAUGUCACUGAAUUUACUGACGAAGAAAUACUGGAGCAUCCAGUUUUUAUUCAUAACUUUGUGAUGUGUAUAUUAUCGAUCUUCGUAAUGACUAUAUAUCUUAUUCAGGCAUGGCUCCUCUUAGAUCAAUGGAUGUGGAUUAUACAAGAAGAAGAUGAUAAGUCAAGUAUAUCGGAGAAAAAAUCGGACUCUGACGUAAGUGAGAAUUUCAUUGCCAGAGAAAAACAAGAAACGGGCAACGACGAAUUUGAACAGUAUUUGGCACCGAUUCCCACUUUAAAAGAUUUAUCCGUUUCCACACUGGUUGUUAACAGUACCGCACAAGUGAUCAUUAAAUAAUGUCUAUGUCUUAUUGA